AAUUUUUAAGUGAAUUAGGUGUACUAGUGAUAAUUUUAAGUGAUCACAGUGCUAAAAGGAGUAGUAACCUUCGGAUCUUCUCCAGAUGAAUCAAUACGUCUUAAUGGAUCCAUUCAUUAAAAGUUAAAGACACAUAAUGUGAAUUGCUGAAUCGAACUAUGGACACAUUUAUUAUCCAAACCAUACAACAAUAAGGUACAUACUUGUGACAAAUCCACUGACAAAUAAUGGCCCGACUUAUGAGACUUCUUCUACUAAGCAUAUUUGUGAUAUCUACUAAAUCCGAAGAUGACUGGACUAAAAAAUGUAACAGGUGUAAAUGUAUAUGGGCCAGUGGUAGAAAAACGGCUGAUUGUACAUCCAUUGGUUUCUACGAAAUACCAACAAAUCUUUCCAGUGACAUACGUGAGAUAGAUUUUUCAAAUAAUCCACUAGGACAAUUCGGAAAAAAUGUAUUCAAAAAUGCCCAUCUAACGGAUAUUCACAAGUUGAAGUUUCAAAAUUGUAGCAUUCAAAAUUUGCAUGGUGAGGCCUUUAAUGGCCUUUUGCUACUCAUUGAACUGGAUUUAUCUAGAAAUGAAUUAUCCACCCUGGAUAAAAAUAUAUUUAGCGAGAACAUUAAAUUAAGAGUUAUCAAUUUUAGUUAUAAUAAAAUCAAAGUGAUUGAAUCCGGAUUGUUUUAUAAUAUGACAUAUGCACAGAAAAUUUCUUUGGAUCAUAAUGAAAUUGAAACACUAGAAAAGAAUACGUUUAGGUAUUUACCUGCAUUGCAGCAUAUAAGUUUAGAUAAUAACAAAUUAAAAUCACUUUCCUUGGAUUUUGAAACCAUGCCAAAACUAAAUAGCCUUAGCCUCAAAAGUAAUGCUUGGAUAUGCGAUUGCCACCUGCAAAAAUUUAGAAAUCAUGUUAAAAUUAAUAAUUUGGAUACCGAGGCGGUAUCUUGUGAAGGACCAGAAAAGUAUAAAGGAAGGCAAUGGGGUGAAGACAUAGUGUUUGCCUGUUCUCCUUAUAUCUUAGAACCGACUCCUAAUAUGGUAGUUAAAGUAGAAGAUUCCAAUGUAACAUUAUUUUGUAAAGUAACUGGCAAUCCGCCUCCUGAUGUAGACUGGAUAGGCACUAAUGGUAGAACUCUAGAUAGAGAUCCCAGAAUAACGAAACAAAAAUAUGUAGUUAGUAAGAGUACUUCUGGAGAGUAUACUUACAACAAUUUGACAAUAACAAAUUUUAACUAUAGAGACCGCGGUGAAUACAAAUGUUUAGCAAAAAAUCCUGGAGGUGAGGAUGAAAUAAACAUUACGCUAUCGUAUCCGGUGGGACACAACUCGUUAAACCAGCCUUUGGGCAUUAAUAUGGGCCUUAUAAUAGGCCUAAGUGUUGUAAUUCUCGUGACAUUAAUCAUAAUAGUAGUGAUAUUGGUGUUUUUUUGUAAACGAAACAGUGCGAACGCUGCCAAUCAAAAACGUAACGACGAUAGUGAUGGCCUAGAAGAGUACAUAGGUAUGAGAGACCACCAGCCGGAUAUGAAAAAACAAUUAAUCACCGAUGUCAAUCCUGUGUCAAAACCCCCGAGAGUUACAGUGCCAGGAUCAGUGACAUCUGGGGGCACCGAAGUCAGUGACCAGAAACGAAUUUUAAUGGAUACCGAUUCGGUUUAUGACGAUGACUCUUACCACGAAGGCUCCUUAAUGCCAUUGAUGCGAAAAUCGCAGUUGAUUCUCGACGAUUUCCGACAACCCUAUCCUCCCGAUUUAUUGUCGUUCCCUUCUCGAGCCCUUCAACCUUCCCCAGCGGGUUCGUCAGCUUCGACUGUGGCAGACACCAGUAGACUCCCGCCUCAUCAGGGACCGCAGUCGCCACUAUAUGGUCAUAUUAGUCCAAAUGAAAACCUCUACAGGACCCUGCCGAUAUCCAGGUCUCAAUCACCCUUUGUGAGCGGGGUUCCUCCAAGAAUCCCCAGGUUAGGUCAGGGUUACGUUACAAUUCCCAGAAGACCUAGGCAGAGUUGGAGCAGCGAGCCUCCACUGUCCGAUAUAGGUGAACCAUUAUACGAUAAUUUGGGUCUUCGAACAUCCAUAAAUGGCAGCUAUGCUAAUUCGCUCAACAAAAUGGGUGGUGACACUUCCACUCCAAAGUCGAAUCGACUGUUUCCGUCUUCACCGAGCACCAUCGAUCCAAUAGCAGAGCACGAAUCUACACCCACAGCGCAAACUUUGCCGCGCAAUUUUAACAAAUUGACACCGAGUAGAACAAAUUGGGCAAAAGCCAACGCAGAGGCGCUCCGAAGUCCGGAAAAAAGAAAAAGUACGACGUCUCUACCUGGAACAGAAGGUAAAAAGGUGCCACCACGUCCCCCACCAAAACCCAAAAAGCAAUCACCAAGCCGACCUCUUUUCGAAGACGAGGGUGAAGAUGGCACAGAAGUCUGAGACUGGCUGACGCUGGUGCUCCUAAAAGCACUGGUAGUCGCAACUGUUUGAAAUAAUUGUGGUGCUAAACAAACAACAUGUUAAAAAGGACCAAGUGUCGUGAACACAGGGUUUUUAGAUACGAGAACUAUAAUUUUUAGCUCAAAAAUAUAUUAACGUUUUGGUGAAAGAUAUUUCAAAGUAAAUACUAAAUAGGUCAUACACAACUGCCAUUUCUUAAUA